UUUGACCGUCUUGGGGCAUCGCUGGCCUCUGAUUCCGAUUUGUCUCCGAGCAAAAGUGUAGUGGCGCACCGGAUCAUUCAGAGAAACUUGGAUUUGACUCCGCCGAAGGCAAAUCAAUCGACCCGUAGUACUCUUGUACGUCGUCCCAUCUCUUCUGGGAAUGCACCUCCCGCGUCCAACCUGAACAGACAACCUAUCCGCACAGUGGUUGUUCCGGACACGUCGUUAACCUCUAUGAAAAGAGCACAAAAGCGUCCGGCUGGGGAUUCGGUUUUCAGCCGACUAAGCAGCGUGUCGGUGUCUCAAAGAUCCGGUCCCCCGGGCGACUCAUUGGGCUAUCAAGGAGUACUGAAGCGACCGCGAGUGACGGCAUCGGUCUCCUCAUCCGCACCGGCGAAGGCACGUCGACCGAUCCAAUUUCCCCAACCACAGAAACCAAUUCCUCUGAAAAAUCGUCUCCAGGCGAAUCCCCUCACCUAUAGCGAAGGUGUGCUAGGGACCGCGAUCAAACCGAUCUACUGGAGCGAAUCAUCGGUUAAAAAUCGCCUUGCCGUAGACCCACCACGGUUUUGCCGUAAAAAGACGUUGGCACUUGGUGUUACAUUGAAGUCGAAGCUAAGAAUGGGUUUUGUUACAUUGUGUCCAUAA